AUGUCAAACUCCGGACUAGAUCGCCGAAUAAUACAUUUGGAUCUGGGCAGUUGUCGGGUGACGACAAUGAAGCAUGUUCUGGAACGGGAGCCGGAGUCACGCCUAUGUCUAUCGCUAAAAGCCGACACAAACAUCAAAGCUCAAACUGAACAGGGUACUAGGAUGGCCUUGUUUCCGUACUUCAACGACACGCUGUAUUUGAGCGGAGAUGCAUUUUUGAUACAAAUCUUGCUUGAUGCACUUCGACAUCCGCAGAUGCUUUGUCUUCUUCCGGACAACUUCAACGACUGGAACUCGCUCCUCCGCGAAGUUUGUUUUUGUUUGUUGAAGAUGCAGAAACAAUUUCAGCACUUCGCUGCACAGCAUCUUGGACUAAAGAGGAUCACCAAAUGGAUACAGGAGAACAGGCCCAAUCCGCACACAAUAAUCGUUGCAUAUCAUGGAACUCUGACAUUCGGCAGGCAGGGCUUCGCUGCUGACGUCAACUUC